AUGGAUGAUCCGAAGAGUGAACAGCAGCGCAUACUGCGCCGCCACCAACGCGAGAAGAAGGAGCUGCAGGCCCAGAUCCAGAGCUUAAAAAACUCGGUCCCCAAGACCGAUAAGAAGAAAAGAAAGCAGUUGCUCCAAGACGUGGCCCGCAUGGAGGCCGAGAUGGCGCAGAAGCACCGGCAGGAGCUGGAGAAGUUCCAGGACGACAGUAGCGUUGAAUCUGUCGUCGAAGACCUGGCCAAGAUGGAUCUGGAAAACCGGCCUCCCCGCCCCUCCAAAGCCCAGAGAAAGCGAGAAAGAAUGGAGUCCCAGGAGAGGGAGCGCCAGGAGAGCAUCUUCCAGGCCGAGAUGUCCGAGCACCUGGCCGGCUUUAGGCGCGAGGAGGAGGAGAAGCUCGCCGACAUCCUGGGAGCCAGAGGUCUGGAGAUGAAGGAGAUCCCGGCCGACGGCCACUGCAUGUACCGCGCCAUCCAAGACCAGCUGGUGUUCAGCGUGUCGGUGGAGAUGCUGCGCUGCCGCACCGCCAGCUACAUGCAGAAGCACGUCGACGAGUUCCUGCCCUUCUUCAGCAACCCGGAGACCGGCGACCCCUUCGGCUACGACGACUUCAUGAUCUACUGCGACAACAUCGUGCGCACCGCGGCAUGGGGAGGCCAGCUGGAGCUGAGGGCCCUGUCGCACGUCCUGAAGACCCCCAUCGAGGUGAUCCAGGCCAACUCGCCCACCUUGGUCAUCGGGGAGGAGUACGUCAAGAAGCCGAUCAUCCUGGUCUACCUGCACUACGCCUACAGCCUCGGCGAGCACUACAACUCCGUGAGACCGCUCGAGGCCGGCGCCGCCGGGGGCGCGCUCCCGCGUCUCCGGUAG